CGAACGCAAAGGUGAACAAGAAGCCCAACUCCCAAUGUUGGAUUGGCGUUGAAACGUGAGUUUCAAACGCCUUUCCAAACACGCUAUUUAGUGUCAGAAGUUAGAACUGAAGUAGUACUGAAAAAGAUUGAAAACAACAAGUGACUGUCCUUGACCUCCGCUUGCCCAAUUUUCCAAACCCUAACACCACUUCCCGGAAAACUCGAAGCUCAAUUUGCACCGUUUCUCCAAUACUCUCUCUAAAGAUAUGCCCCAAUGUCUAUGAACAACAACAACCCUUCCAAUCCCUAUGGACCCUCUUCCACCGCCAACCCACAUUCCCAAAUUACCCCUGGCCAGGGCCAGUAUCCCCGGUCCCAGGCCCACGCCAUCAUCCAAGCCCAGUUCCAGGCCCAGCUCCAAGCCCACGGGCUCACCCUCAACCCCAACGCCAAGCGUUUCCCUCCAAAACCCCCUAUUCACACCGCCACCACGCCGUUUAAACAAACGGAACCCGCUCCCACCGUACCGGCUCGAAGGAAGAAGCAUAAACCAAACGAGAAACAUCUUCCUGAGAAAGCCUUAGCAAUUCUCCCAGAAUCGGAGAUUUACACGCAGCUUCUCGACAUAGAAGCGCGUGUGGACGCUGCACUCGUGAGAAAGAAGGUUGACAUACAGGAGGCACUGAAAAACCCACCCUGCAUUCAGAAAACGCUGAGAAUCUUCGUGUUCAACACGUUCGCGAACCAGAGCAGCGCGGAUUCCUCGGCUCCCACGUGGACUCUUAAGAUAGUUGGGAGGAUUUUGGAAGAUGGUGAGGACCCUGAACAGGCAGGGGAUGUUGCUGCCCAGAGGAUGAUGCCCCCUUUGUAUCCAAAAUUCUCCGCGUUUUUUAAACGAGUAACGAUUUAUCUUGACAAGAGGCUGUAUCCAGAUAACAAUGUCAUCUCUUGGGAGAAUUCGCGGUCCUCGGCCGCUCACGAAGGUUUUGAGGUGAAGAGGAAGGGUGACAGGGAGUUCCCGGCGCAGAUUCGGUUGGAGAUGAAUUACAUGCUGGAGAAGUUUAUGCUGUCCCCCGCGUUGAGAGAAGUGCUUGGUGUUCAGGUUGACACGCGGGCGAGGAUUGUUUCCGCAAUCUGGCAUUAUGUGAAGGCGAGGAAAUUGCAGAUCCCGAAUGAUCCUUCGUUCUUUCACUGCGAUCAGGCUCUGCAGAGGGUGUUUGGGGAGGAUAAGGUGAAGUUCACGAUGGUUUCACAGAAGAUUUCGCAGCAUUUGUUUCCUCCACAGGUUAUACUUUUGGAGCAUAUGAUCAAGCUCUCCGGGAAUAGUCCGGUUGGGUCUGCUUGUUAUGAUGUGAUGGUUGAUGUUCCUUUUCCCAUUCAGAGGGAAUUGAAUGCUCUGGUGGCCAAUGUGGAGAGGACCAAAGAGAUCGAUGCAUGUGAUGAGUCCAUAUGUGGAAUCAUUAGAAAAAUACACGAGCACCGAAGGAGGCGAGCAUUCUUUGUUGGUUUUAGUCAGUCUCCUCUGGAAUUUAUUAAGGCCUUGGUUGAAUCUCAAAACAAGGAUCUGAAAGUUUUACUUGGAGAAUCUCGUCACAAUGCUGAAAAGGACCGCAAGUCAGAUUUCUUUAAGCAACCCUGGGUUGAGGAUGCUAUUGUGCGCUAUUUGAAUCGCAAACCAGCUGCAGGAAGCGAUGCUCCAGGGAGCACAUAAUGCGCAGAGUUUUAAGUUUAUUAUGGUCAUUUUCUGCUGUAGCUGGUCUUUCAUGCAUGAUGUAUCAUUUUAAAUGGCUCAUUUGAGCUCAUAGAAACUCUGAUAGUUUAUGUUGCUAGUUACAUAUUAGUAUCAGUAGUUUCAGUGCUGCAACUUGCCUUGCAGUUCAUAUGUUAACUUAAGUGCAAGCAAUAACCUUGAUAGUUUGGACUGGUGUACAGUAAUUUCAGACUUAAGUUGUCUUAUGGCAGAUAAAGUAAAGGUAGAAAAGAAACUUUGCAUGCCAUGACUGUUUGUUCCGUCUAUAUUUUGUUGAAUUUGAUUUGAGUAAAAAUUAUCUAA